CUGAUAAUUGAAACGGUAAAUCCCGCCCAUCGAAUCAUUAUAUAUAAACCCUAAGCCCUAAACCCCCGAAAUUAAUUAUUUCUAUCAAGAGAAGCUCUAAUAGUAGUAAGCUACUGGCAUGUUAUGAUUGAUCUGAAAAUGGCGUCAUCCGAGAUCGAAAUCGUAUCCGUCUCCAACGAUCAGAAGAACGCUUGCCAAAACCCUACCCAGGUUGCCAUUGUUGACAUUUUCUCCGCUUCCGCCUACGGCGACUUCGACAAACUUCGAAAUUUCGUCGAAAACGACGGCGUUUCUGUCUCCCAACCCGACGGCAACGGCUACUACGCUCUCCAGUGGGCCGCUCUGAAUAAUUUCCCUGAUGUAGCACAAUAUAUCAUCCAGCGCGGUGGUGAUGUUAAUGCUUCGGACAAUUCUGGACAAACGGCGUUGCAUUGGGCGGCUGUCAGGGGAUCAAUUGCAGCUGCCGAUGUUCUGUUGCAGAACGGGGCGCGAGUCGAGGCUGUUGAUGUUAAUGGUUAUCGGGCAGUUCAUGUAGCAGCUCAAUAUGGACAAACAGCAUUCUUAAAUCACAUUGUUGCAAAGUAUUAUGCUGAAUUUGAUGUGCCUGAUAAUGAUGGAAGAAGUCCCCUACAUUGGGCUGCUUACAAGGGAUAUUCUGAUACAAUCAGAUUAUUGCUAUUUAGAGAUGCAUACCAAGGGAGGCAGGAUAAAGGAGGCUGUACCCCUCUGCAUUGGGCUGCAUUAAGAGGAUAUGCAGAAGCAUGUACUAUUCUCCUACACACAGGCACUAAGGAGGAACUACUAGUGAAGGAUAAAGCUGGGUUUACGCCUGUACAGCUUGCAUUUGACAAAGGUCAUCGACAUAUUGGUCUUUCCCUCUCUAAUGUUCUGCAUGCACACAGUAAGGGCUGGCAGAACAAAAUUUUCCCUUGGAAGAACGGAAAUAUUGGUUAUGCUCCAAUUCUGUUCUCUCUUGUAGUUUUCAACAUCAUUCUCUUCAUGAAUUCAGUCAUUUUUGCUUCAAAUAUGACAAAAGUAACUGCUGUAGUUGGACUUUGGGGAUGGACUGGUGUUUCUCUGGGAGUGGCAGCACUGGUAAUGUUUGUCCGCUGUAGCAGCAAAGAUCCAGGUUAUAUAAAGACUGGGAUGGAUAGUCAUUUUGACUCAGAGGAUCCUUUGUUGAACAUUGAUUUGAACAGUUCCUCAGUUUGGACUGGAAAUUGGUCUCAGCUCUGCCCUACCUGCAAGAUAAUAAGACCAGUUCGCUCAAAGCACUGUCCAACUUGCAAACACUGUGUGGAACAGUUUGACCAUCACUGUCCCUGGAUCUCAAAUUGUGUGGGGAAGAGGAAUAAACGCGACUUUUUCAUUUUUCUCUGUUUGGGGAUGAUGACAUCAUUAAUUGGUGCUGCUGUUGCUCUUCAAAGAAUUUGGACAUCAGUAUUUGUGCUACAGGGAGAAACAUGGAUUCAUCACGUUAUUUUUGAACACCCUGGGGUUGUCGCAUUUCUUAUCAUGGAUGGAUCUAUUCUUCUUGCUGCUGCAACUCUAUUGAUAGUUCAAGUUUCACAGAUCUCUAGGAAUAUUACCACAAAUGAAAUGGCAAAUGCUAUACGUUAUGGAUAUCUUCGCGGGCCAGAUGGCCGCUUUCGCAACCCGUAUAACCACGGGUGCAGGAAGAACUGCUCAGACUUCGUCAUACGUGGUUAUACGGAUGACAAUGAGAUUGCUUGGCCUCCUUUACAGCAGGUUGCGAGGUAGUGAAAGUCGAAGAUGCUUGCUUGCUAUUUGAAUGGGAAUCCAUUGCUACAUGCAAGUAAAUUCUGACAUUUGUCACGGAUACAAUGUAGAUCAAUUUGAAAUAGGAAAGCAGAACUCAAAGAUUGUUUACACUUUGUACAAAGCAAAAUCUCAAAAUCAAUAUUUGGGGUG